GAUCCACUCGGGGGCGCUAUAAUUAGAGCUGCGCACCCGCUGAACUCAGACCAAUUGUAACCUUUGCUCUUUCCAGUAAUUCUCUCUCUUCCGCUACCGCCAUUGUGGUGAUAGGGUUAGUGAUUCGAAAUGUCGUCCCACAAGACUUUCCGAAUCAAGCGCUUCUUGGCGAAAAAGCAGAAGCAAAACAGACCAAUUCCGCAGUGGAUCCGCAUGAAAACCGGUAACAAGAUCAGGUACAACUCCAAGAGGAGACACUGGAGGAGGACUAAACUGGGUCUGUAAACCCCCCCUUUGCCCCUACCAAUGGGCGCUGCGCUUCACCAUCUGCCUCCCACCCCCUGAGACCUCACGACUGCAGCAGCUGUCUGUUCUGGAUGGCCACUCGGCUUGUGUUCACACCUUCACAAUAAAAGUGAGAUUUGGUGGAACAA